UAGGAAUUCUAUAUUUGAUAUGAACUGCCUUUGUCAUACUGAUCAGUUAAUACGACGCAGAAGAAUGAGUAGAGACGACGCAUUUGAUUGAUUGACUUGAGUAUUUUAUAAUCGCAUCGUGAAAGUCUUGUCUUCACACGUGAAUAAUUUUCACGGAAAAGGGAAAUUGCCCGACAGACUUAACGUUAUUCAACAUAUUGUUCAACAAUAACAAGAUGACGCGUAAAAGCAAAAGGAGAUUUACUGGAAGGAAGCAUAGUGAUCAGUCACCCAAAGUGUCUUCUCCUGUGGCUGAGACGGAGACUCCUUUACAGAAAGCGCAGAAAUAUAAGAAUGCAGGAAAUGUGCGUUUUACAAUGAGAAAAUAUAAUGAAGCCAUUGCUGAAUAUAAUAAAGCAAUUAAUAUUUGUCCAAAGGAGAACGUGAAUGAUCUCGCGAUUUUUUAUCAGAACAGAGCGGCUGCGUAUGAGCGAUUGAAAAAAUAUAAUAAAGUGAAGACAGAUUGUACAAAAGCAUUAGAAUUGAAUCCAAAAUACACGAAAGCUCUACUACGUCGGGCAUUUAUUUUGGAGCAACUAGGAGAUUUAGAAGCAGCUUUGAAGGAUAUUACUACUGUCUGCAUUCACGAAAACUUUUCUGAUCAUGCUUUCCUUUUAAAGGCACAAAUGAUCUUGGAAAAACUUGAGAAACAGUAUUUUCCGAAGAAAUUGACAAACAAAAGAUUUGCACCAAACACGUAUGUCGUCGAAAUAUUUUUUAUUAAAGCUUUCUCUAAAGAUCCAGUAUUUUCUAGACUUGAACAUCCAGAAAACAUUCCAGAAUUUUUCAAGAAACCAUUACAAGCGUUAAAAAAUAGGGAGUAUCAUAAUAUAAUACCGCUAUGUUCAGAAAUCAUUGAAAGUUCCAAAUUUGAUACAUUACCUCCCUCUAAACUAGAAGUGCUGUUGUUACGGGCUACAUUUUACUUCAUUUAUAACUAUUAUAACGCUGCAAUCUAUGAUCUUGAAGUUAUUUUGUACAGCGAAGAUGUAUGUGAUGACAUAAGGGUAAAUGCCUUGAUUAAAAGAGCGAAUGUAUACUUGGAAAUUGGGAAAAUGUGUACUUUAGAAAUGGCUUUCAAGGACUUCGAAUUAGCCCUUAUCAUAAAUCCAAGUUGUAGCGAUGUCUACUAUCAUAGAGGACUGGCACAUAGGAACAUACUAGAGCUAGGCAAAGCUAAGCGCGAUUUUGAAAAAGCCGUUGAAUACAACCCAAACUUCAGCAUGGCACACAUGCAAAAAUGGCACGCAAAUUAUCGUUUUGCAUUAUUGAAUGGAAAUAUAGGUUUAGCCGAAAUUACUGAGAGAAUCAUUGAGAAAGCUACAGAUAAAUACUCAAAUUCUUUUGAAUGUGUGUGUUGUUAUGUUUUAUAUGCUCAGAUAAUGUUCGAAACUCAACAGUAUCAAAAGGCUGAUACUUAUUUUAUUAAAGCAGUAGAAACAGAUCCGGACUACGCUAUUGUUUAUCUACUAUUAUGGGACUGUAAUCUUAUUAACGUCGAGAAAUAUUUGUACAAAACAUUAAAAUUGGAUAGAGGCUCUGUUGCAGGCAAGAUUACGUGUAUUAAAGUAUUAAGAUUGAUUGAAAUAGAACGGGGGAACAUAGAGGAAGCAAUAAAUUUAUUUGAUAAGGCUUUAGCA